GGUCAGCGACUGGAAACGUCCUGUUUUGUUUCCCCCAAACCCUGCCCUUCCAAAAUUCUUUUUAUUCGUGCUCAAAGAUCAGUCGGUGGCUUCGCCGGACACUGGACAGCAUCACGUUGGGAAGGAAACAACCGGUGACUUCAGCACGGGUCCGCCAGCAGGCAGGAGAGCGCCCCGAGGGUCAGGGCCAGCGCAGAUCGGCCGCUGCCAGCCGCGGCCUCGGGGGCACACGGGCCCUCCCCGCCGCCCCCGCCCCGGUGGAGCUCCCCGGGAGAGCUCCCCUCAAAGUUCCCAGCGGCGCCCCCGGCUGUUGGGACCGGGCCCGCCCGUAGCUCCCCGACAGAGGACCCGGCUACCCCCCGCGCCCGGCGCGCCCUCGGCGGACGGGGCGGUGCCUCCCCCCGGCCCUGCUGGGCCCGGCGGAGGCGGUGGGCGGCUCCUGUGACCGUGGCAUAAACCGGUGGCCCCUCCCGCUGGUGCCGCUGUCCCUGCUGGACGGCGGAGAGGAGAGCGGCUCUCCCGUGGGAGCCGGGCGGAGGCUGCUGCGGCGGCGGCUCUUCUCCAGCUGAGGGGCUGCGCCUGGUGGCGGCGGGGCGGGGAGCUGCGGGGCACGGGCGCGCCGCCUCCGCCUCCCGCGGCCUCGCUCGUGCGGCUGCGGCGGCAGGAGGCUCCGGCGGGCUCCCCCAUUGUCUGCCCGCGGGCGGAGGGCUGCGCUGCCCGCACGCCCCCCGCCCUCGCCUUUGUGUGCUCCGGCCGGCGGCGGGGCGGCGCGGCGCCUGCCGUGAUGCGCGCUGCGGGGCGGCGCGGGGUCCGCGCCGCUCGGUGAGAGGCGGAGAGGGACCCAGCCUGUGCCCCGGUGGCUUUUUGCCCGCAGUUGCCGGAGAAGGGGGACUAUGGACUGAGCGCAUCGGUGUACCAUGGAGUCGGGCAUCCGCUUGAGCACGCUCUGCCUUCUCCUCUGCCUGGGGCCAGUUUCAGGCUUUGGCGUGGACCCCUCGCUGCAGAUCGACGUGCUGUCCGAGCUACAACUGGGAGGCUCCACGGAGGGCGUGCGCCAGGUGCCGGGGCUGCACAACGGGAGCAAAGCCUUCCUUUUCCCAGAUACUUCAAGAAUUGUUAAAGCAUCUCCAGAAACAGCUGAAGUCUUUUUUCAGAAGUUAAGAAAUAAAUAUGAAUUCACAAUCCUUGUGACCUUAAAACAAGCCCAUUUGAAUUCAGGGGUUAUUCUCUCUAUUCAUCAUUUAGAUCACAGGUACCUGGAGCUGGAAAGCAGUGGUCAUCGAAAUGAAAUCAGGUUGCAUUAUCGUUCAGGCAGUCAUCGCUCCCACACAGAAGUAUUCCCAUACAUUUUGGCAGAUGAUAAAUGGCACAGACUUUCCUUAGCAAUCAGUGCCUCUCACUUGAUUUUACACAUCGACUGCAAUAAAAUUUAUGAAAGAGUUGUGGAGAAGCCUUUCAUGAACUUGCCUUUGGGUACAACCUUUUGGCUGGGACAGAGGAAUAUUGCACAUGGUUAUUUUAAGGGCAUAAUGCAAGAUGUGCAAUUACUUGUCAUGCCUCAAGGAUUUAUUUCUCAAUGCCCAGACCUUAAUCGCACAUGCCCAACUUGUAAUGACUUCCAUGGACUUGUGCAGAAAAUUAUGGAACUGCAAGACAUCUUAGCCAAAACAUCAGCUAAGUUGUCUCAAGCUGAACAGAGGAUGAACAAGUUGGAUCAGUGCUACUGUGAAAGGACAUGCACAAUGAAAGGCACGACUUACAGAGAGUUUGAAUCCUGGACGGAUGGCUGUAAGAACUGCACUUGCAUGAACGGUACGGUGCAGUGUGAGGCUUUGAUUUGCCCCCUUGCUGACUGUCCACUUAAUUCUGCCCUGGCCUAUGUGGAUGGCAAGUGCUGCAAGGAAUGUCAAUGUAAGUUUUACUGUUGUGCUUUCUUCUAAUGAAUACUUUGAAAU